UGCGUGGUUGUUGUACAAGCAUGAGGCGCAUACCCAGUUGCAGUACAUUAAAGAAUAUCAGUGAAAUAGGUCAAUACUUUCAUUCCCAUGCCUCGUUGACAGCUUGCUGUCGAGCAUUAUUUUCUCAGUCCUUUUGCACGAAAUCUACGAGUGAUUCUACAACCAUGGAUCUCAGUGGCAUGCGGAAAAAAUACAAAGGAGACGAAGAGUGCUUUGAGGAGAAUCAGCUCGUGUCUCUGGAUCCCAUCAAGCAGUUUGGAGAUUGGUUUGAUCAAGCCACAAAAUGUCCUGAAAUUGGAGAGCCCAAUGCAAUGUGCAUCGCCACAUCCACUAAAGAAGGAUGUCCAUCUGCUCGUAUGGUCUUGUUAAAAGGCUACAGCGAUGAAGGCUUCCGCUUCUUUACCAACUACGAGAGCCGGAAAGGUGGAGAGCUGGACAGCAACCCUUACGCAUGUCUGUGCUUUUACUGGGAGCCCAUCAACAGGCAGAUCCGUAUCGAGGGCAAUGUGGAGAGAAUCCCCUACCAGCGUUCCUGUGACUACUUCCACUCCCGGCCCAAGAGUAGCCAGAUCGGGGCCAUUGUGAGCAGACAAAGCACUGCCGUCCCUGACAGAAAUUACCUGAGACAGAAAAAUGCGGAGCUGGAGGAAAAGUACAAGGACACAGAUGUCCCAAUGCCUGACUAUUGGGGAGGCUAUAUCGUUAAGCCUUACAUGAUAGAGUUCUGGCAGGGUCAGACCAACAGGCUACAUGACCGUAUUGUUUUCACACGGCCGAAAAAUGUUCUAGAAGAGCAUCAACAUCAUGCUGAGGCGGGCUGGGUGUACCAGAGGCUAUCCCCUUGACAAGGACGGUUAGGGGAAAUGGACUAAAGAGCAGGCUGGAGAUUGGGGCUAGCGUACAACUCACUCAUGUCAACAUCAUCAAUCAAACCAACAUCAUUUCAAUACAUUAGGAACAUUUUGAUGUUGAAUAACUAAGUGCUAUAUGAUGUGUAUCUUAUUAAGCCAUAAUUUGCUGUUCUGUUCAAUUGGUCUUGUUUUAUACCAAAUAAAGGAGACAUUUUCUGGUUGGUUAGGA